AUGUUUGUUUAUGGAGAGCCUAGAGUGGAGGAAAGGGAGCAUGUCUGGUCUUUGCUUUCUUUUCUAUUAGACCACAACCCAAAUUGUAUCUUAAUUGGUGAUUUUAAUCAACUGGAAACCCUUGAAGAUAAAUUGGGAGGGAGUCCGAUGAUUAGGGGAACAAAUAGUUUUAUAGAUUGGAGAAUACGAAAUAACGUGUACGAGAUUCCUUUUUCGGGCCCACGUUACACAUGGACUAACAAAUGCCUAGGGGAAUCCCUUAUUUUGGAAAGACUAGACUGGGGUUAUGUCACGAGUUUAUGGUUUGAUGAGUUUCCGGAGGGGAGAAUUAGAAAUGAACCUAUCACGGUCUCUGACCACGCUGCAAUAUGUUAUGAAUCCUCGCCGUCUAUCUUGACUCGAAGGCGACCAUAUCAAAUAGAAAAUUGGUGUUUGAAGCUUACGGAAAUACAAGAUUUGGUCAAACGAUCUUGGGCCCCGUCAGGUCAGGGAUCUUGCAUGUUUCUGGUUUCGUCAAAUCUAAGGGUAAUAAGGAAUGGGCUACAAGAUUGGUGCCUGACCAAGAGGAAAUUAUGGGGUAUCAACUGGAAAGAAGCAAAUAAGGAGCUCCUCCAACAAGUGAAUGAUAAUAUGAACCUAGAUCAAGGAAAUAGAUAUGUCGAGAAAAUAAAUGAGUGGAUCCCCAUUUGUCGUCUACAAUUCGAAUACUGGCAACAACGAAUGAAGGAAAGGUGGAUAAAGGAGGGAGAUUGUAACUCGCAAAUCAUGUAUCGAACAGUUAAACAGAGGAAAUCAAGGAAUGAAAUCAUCACCCUCAAAAACGAACAUGAUGAAUGGAUAGAAGGUCAAUCUCAAGUUUCCAAGGUGAUCAUGAACUCAUUAGAAGAUAUUUUCAAUCCGCCAAAUGCAAAUCAACAAAGGGAGAACAUUGACCUGACUUUGAGACAAUUAGACCUCCCAAAGAUCACUGCGAGUUGCCUGGAGGAGCUUAAUAAGCCUUUUACCAUGAAGGAAAUUAGAGAUGCAAUGUUCCACAUCCAUGUUUCGAAGUCACCAGGACCUGAUGGCUUUAGUGCGGAAUUCUUCAAAACAUACUGGAAUACGGUUGGUGGUUUAGUAACUAAAAGUAUUACAAGAUUCUUUGAGACAGGAUAUCUCUUAAAAGAAUGGAACCAAUCUCUAUUGGUAAUGAUCCCGAAAAUUCCUAAUCCUGAAUUGGCCUCACAUUUUAGGCCAAUUAGCUUGUGCAAUACCAUUUACAAAUGCAUUUCAAAGUGUUUGGUGAAUAGGAUGAAAGGAGUCCUACCGGAAGUCAUCUCAAACUUCCAACACGCCUUUAUCCCAGGAAGGUACAUGGAGGAUAACAUCUUGCUCAGUCAUGAACUGAUCAACAUGGUCAAUACUAGGAAAUCAAAGCCCAUGGCGGUGGUGAAGUUAGACAUAUCGAAAGCGUAUGAUAGGGUGAAUUGGACCUUCCUACUCAAAGUUCUACAGGCUUAUGGUUUCCCUUCUAAGUGGGUUCAAAUGAUAUCACAAUGCAUUACCACAGUCUCAUACAAAGCUGUUAUCAACGGGAAAACAACGGACACCUUUGUUCCACAAUGCGGACUACGCCAAGGUGACCCUCUAUCACCAUACCUCUUUCUCUUUUGCAUGGAUAUUUUAUCACGAAUGAUGUCAUUGGCAGAGGAUAUUAAGUUAAUCAAAGGUCUGAAAGUAACAAGAAGAUCUCCAUCUAUCACCCACCUUUUCUUUGCGGAUGAUGCAAUGUUGUUCUUUAAAGCAAAUGUAGAAGCUUGUGAAAACAUUAUGGAAAUCUUAGAAAGGGUUGGGACCAUUUCAGGACAGAAACUAAACUUAAAUAAGUCAUAUGUUAAAUUCUCACCUUUCAUGAGGGAUGCGGAUAAAGAGUCUUUGAAGGCAAUCUUGUCUAUGCCUAGCACUAACAAAAUGGGGACUCACCUAGGGGUUCCUGUAGAUAUUCAGGGUAAGAAAUCUGUCCAUUUCCAAUUUUUGGUGGAUGUAAUUGCUAGGAAAAUUCUCUCAUGGGCAGGAUUGCACCUCUCCCCUCCUUCAAAGUUGAUCUUGAUCCAAACGGUUUUACUUAGUAUCUCUUCACAUGUUAUGAGGUGCCUAAAGGUUCCACUUUCUAUUGCUAACAAAAUUGAUUCCCUUAUAAGUAAGUUUUGGUGGGCUGGAGGGAAAGAGAGUGCGAUGCAUUGGGUGAAAAGGGACAUUACAAAUCGGCCAAAGUCAAUGGGAGGCCUCGGCAUUAGGUCUAGCCAACUCCUCAAUGACACCGUACUCUUCAAACAGGCCAUGAGAUUACACAACAACAAGCAACUGCUUGUUGCGAAAGUGAUUUUUAGCUCCCAUGGUUGCUGUGUUUGUGGGAAAGGGUUGAUUAGUAGUAUUGCUCCAAGGGGAUCCAUGGGGAAAAAAGGAUUUUACAGAGCUACUAGAAUCUUCAAGAUGGGUUUGGGGUGGAAGGUAGGGAGUGGAAAAGGUUUAAAAGCUUCCAAAGAAGCAUGGGUGAAUGGGAAAGUCCCAGAGGCAAGAUCUGAUCGAAGCUUAGCAGAAGUUAGGGGAUGGAAGGUUGAAGACUUUAUCAAUCAGGCUGAUAGGAAAUGGAAGAGUGAGGACGUACGACGAUGCUUUGUUUGGAAAGAUGCUAAACAAAUAUUGGGAAUGGAGCUACCAAAGGACCCGACUGAUGAUUUCUUAUAUUGGAUAAAUGACCCAAAAGGGAAGUUCACGGUUAAAUCGGGGUAUGCAUGGCUAGUUGAUAAGAAAAUGGAAGCAAAGGAUCGAUUGGUGGAGGAGGAUAUCAGUUUCCUUAAACUGAUUUGGAGAUUACCUAUCUUGCCUAAAUGGAAAACAUUUUUGUGGAAGCUCACUUAUAAUGGAAUAGCGGUGAAUGCGAAUUUGUUCCAUAGGGGGAUAGAAAUAUCUCCUGAGUGUGAUUACUGUGGACAUGGGGAGGAAGAUACACAACACCUUUUUAGAUAUUAUACUGUGGCAAGACUAGCCUGGAGUGUCAGUCAGCUACAGGUACAACUGGUAAUGGAUGAAUCCAUUGGCUUCAAAAAAUGGAUUCAGAAACAUAUCCUGCUCUUUUAUAGCAAGGAUGGAAAGGGAAGCUUGGCCUUGGCUUUUUUCGUGGCAAUGCUGUGGAGUCUUUGGACAACGAGAAAUGCAAGGGUGUUUAGGGGAAUAGGGGGCCAUACAAGAAUGGUACUCCAACAAGCUAACAUGGGAAUGCAACAAUUGGAAAUUUUUAAAAAACGCCCAUGCCAAAGCGAGGAGGAAGUUUCAAACCUUCCACAAAUUCCACCUGGUUUCUUACUAGUGCAAUUGGGGUUCUCGAAGACUAGUUUUGCUAACUUUGUUUUGCAGGUGGAUGGAUCGUGGGACAAGAAAACGAUGAAAUCAGGAUAUGGUUGGACUUAUAAUCAACAGGAUAACAGCCAGUGCCAAGAUGGAGGAGGAGAUUAUGGAUGUACAAAAUCGGCAAUACAAGCAGAAGCGCAAGCCUGUUUGCAAGGACUUAAGUGGCCCAAGAGAGAAAACAUUGAUAAGAUCAAGAUCCUAACCGACUGUGCGACCCUUAUAACCUGCUUACAGUCAAAGACAAGCCUAGAAAUCCAAAUCCAUUGGAUAACCGAAGAGAUAAAGAGAAUCGCUAAGGAGUUCAACAUAUGCACCAUCGUUAAAGCGGAUAGAACAGCCGUUCUGAGGGCUCACCAAAUAGCAAACUCAUGUAGGAAGGAUGGAAUAUCAUUCAGCACUCGUCUUUAG